AUGACUAAUAAUGUAAGUAAAGCUGUGCACGAAGAAUUAAAUGAUAUUCUGCUACAAUUUUGCGUAAGCGCAAUCGAAGAAAAUCCUAGGGAUCUCUGCGAAUUUGGAUUGCAAUUUUUCACAAACUUAAGUCAGUCACGUGAAAACAAUCCUUCCAACUCCUUAAACCAACCUUCAACAAGAUAUUUAGACAGCGAAAAUAGCGUAAUUAGAAAUAAUAUUAAGCCGGAAAAAGAGGAUUCUACUGAGGAAGAUUCGUUACAAGAAUUACCAGCUCACGCUUAUCCCAAACCUAUUAAGGAUCGCAGAAAAUCCGUAUCGGCAGAGGCUUACAAUCCAGAAGAAUGCACUCAUGAUUUGACUUCUCGAGUUAUCUUUCCAAAAAACCCUGAUCAAAUCGAACGCAUAAGGAAUAUCCUAAGAGACGUGUUUAUAUUUAAAAGUUUAGAUGAGGAACAAAUGCUCGAGGUGAUAGAUGCGAUGAAUGAGAAAAAGGUGCAUUCCAGUGAAGUUAUUAUUAAGCAAGGCGAUGAAGGCGAUAACUUUUACAUUAUUGAAAGUGGAAAGUUUGAAGUUUUUAUUAAUUGUGAUGGGGUUUCUAAAAAAGUUUGCCAUUACGAGAAUUCUGGAAGUUUUGGGGAACUGGCUUUACUAUACAAUCAACCCCGUUCAGCAGAUAUUAUCUGCACAUCCGAUGGCAAUCUUUGGGCCUUAGAUAGGAUAACAUUUAGAAGGAUUGUAUUAAAGAGUGCUUAUAUGAAGCGGAAAAUGUUUGACAAAUUUAUCCAAAAUGUUAAAUUGUUUGCGAAUUUGACGGAAUUUGAACGCAUGAAUAUAUGUGACGCUUUGACUACCCUUUAUUUUAACGAUGGGGAAACGAUAAUAAACCAAGGUGAAAUUGGUGAUAAAAUGUAUAUAGUUGAAAGUGGAACAGUAAAAAUAUUGAUGAAUAAAAAUGGGAAAGAAUUUUCUUUAUCUACAAAGAAAAGGGGAGACUAUUUUGGAGAGUUGGCUUUAAUCCUGAAUCAACCUCGAUCAGCGUCGGCAUAUGCACAAGGACAAGUUAAAUUAGCAGCACUAGAUAUACACGCGUUUGAAAGAUUAUUAGGACCUUGCAUCGAUAUUAUGAAAAGGACAAUGUUAGGUUACAAAAUGUAA